GCAAAUAACUUCGGGGUUUGGUCAUUAGCAAGUCCUUGACAUAAUGCAGAGCAGCAUGCGUGCCCGUGUGGCGGGUGGUGCUCGCCGCGCGGUGGGCACUGCUGGCCGUCGCCUGACUGUGAAGGUCAUGAACUCGAACGUGCUGAUCGCCAACACCAAGGGCGGUGGCCACGCGUUCAUUGGUCUGUACCUGGCGAAGGAGCUGCUGAAGAAGGGCCACAAGGUCACCAUCAUGAACGAUGGUGACUCGGACAAGCUCACCAAGAAGAACCCUUACGCCAAGUACUCGGACCUGGAGCGCCAGGGCCUGAACGUCGUCUGGGCCGACCCCGCCAAGCCGUCGACCUACCCUCGCGGCACCUUUGACGUGGUGUAUGACAACAACGGCAAGGACCUGGCAAGCUGCCAGCCCCUGAUCGACCACUUCAAGCACAAGGUGGAUCACUACGUGUUCGUGUCCUCGGCCGGCGCCUACAAGGCCGACCCCAUCGAGCCCAUGCACGUGGAGGGCGACGCGCGCAAGUCCACCGCCGGGCACGUGGAGGUGGAGGCCUACCUGGAGAAGGCGCGCCUGCCCUACACCGUCUUCCAGCCGCUCUACAUCUACGGCCCCAACACGGCCAAGGACUGCGAGCAGUGGUUCGUGGACCGCAUCAUCCGCGACCGCCCGGUGCUGCUGCCUGCGCCCGGCGUGCAGCUGACCAGCCUGACCCACGUGGAGGACGUGGCGUCCAUGCUGGCGGCCGUGCCCGGCAACCGCGCCGCCAUCGGCCAGCACUACAACGUGUGCAGCGACCGCUGCAUCACCUUCACCGGCAUUGCCAAGGCCAUUGGCAAGGCCCUGGGCAAGGACCCGGAGAUCAUCCUGUACAGCCCGGAGAAGGUGGGCACCGGCAAGAGCGGCAAGGCGGAGGGCUUCCCCUUCCGCACCGUGCACUUCUUCGCCUCGGCCGACAAGGCCAAGCGCGAGCUGGGCUGGAAGCCCAAGCACGACUUCCAAAAGGACGUGCAGGGCCUGGUCAACGACUACAAGGCAAACGGCCGCGACAAGAAGGAGGUGGACUUCUCCGUCGAUGACAAGAUUCUGGCUGCCCUGGGCAAGUCCGUGCCCAAGUCCUCCUCCAACUCCUCCGUGUCUGCCUCCUUCUCGCGCCUGAGCAGCUCGGGCCCCAAGGCCGAGGAGCUGCCCCGCAGCCGCAGCAGCUUCAGCCCCCGCCGCGAUCUCAAGAUCAAGCGCACGGUGCUCCCCGCCAACUGGCGCGACAGCCUGGACGAGGACGAGCCCGCCAAGCCCGCCGCCGGCCGCUCCGCCACCACCGGCCGCAGCGGCAGCGUGCCCAAGGACUGGCGCAGCUCCCUGUAAGCGAGCGGAAGGGAACGGAUGGUUAAGCUGAGGUGGUAAUGGUGUGUUGUGGUGUGAAGGUGGUGUGAAGGGUUGGUUGGUGUGGGAGGCGCGCGGGAGGCGGCGUGGUGGCGAACGCACUGCCGGGAUGAGCUCGGGAAAGCAGAAGGGGUUGCAUGGCGCUGGCGGGCGUGCUCGGAACUCGGGAACACAGUGUGUCUGAUUAUCUGAUGGCGAAGGGCUUUGUGCUCAUGGAUAUGGGUACAUUUGUGCGUGUGUGUGCAGCCGAGGGUGCCUGGUUGUGCGAUGCAAGUGAUUCAAUUUUUGGGCAGAAUCGCUGCAGGCGUAGCUUGGCUGCCUUUGGCACCGCAGACAGCACGUUAGUGCUCAGUUGUUAAGCAGUGUCGAGAGUCGUAGUUAUAUGCUCGAAGGCAGCAAGAUAGAUUAUGGUAUCGGAGGUGUCGGUGCAUGCAGAGAGCAUGUCAGCGGCCCGGUCCUUGGGGCAGGGGUCUGGACCGGUAGACGGACAAGGAGGAGUAACAACGUUUGUGAUGCCCGUACG